AUUGGCAACAUUGCUUUUGGAGGACGGUGAAGUCGUAUGAAGAAUGUUAAAGUUUGAGCGGGAGAUUGAUAGGCGCGGUGUAAUAAAUGCAGUGAAGAAAGUGUUGUUGUGAAUAGAAAAGGCUGUGUUGAAAAAGUGGUCUCAAGCUUCAGAACAGAUUCCUUCAUUUGUAUUUGCUGUAGUCAUGACAAGAUGAAUGCAAAGGAAACUGCAAUAAGAUACUUCAAACGCCUGAAAGGAACAAAGACAUGUAACAGAGUGGAAUUCACAACAUGUCUUAAUGAACUGAAGGGCGAAGCUCACAAUGGUUUCAGUGAAGAGGAAGUAGAAACAUUGAUUGAUGCACUUAUCAGUGCAGAGUGUCUUGCAUCUGUUAGGUUUCAAGGGCUUUUAGAAUGCAUUGUUCCACACAAAUUGGUGACACAUAAAGCAGUGUUAAAUUUGCUGCAGUGGAUAUUCACUUAUUUUCACACUGCACCCGUUGGAAGUCUUAAGUCAGCAUUAGACUGGAUGAUAGGUUUAAUUGAGUUUGGGCUAACUGAUGAAAUGGUGGUUCAUGCCUUUUAUCACCAUUUUUAUUUGCUCCUUGAGAAUGAGAGAUUGUCUGUGGCUGCAUGCAAAUUAAUACAUCUCUUAACAACUCCUAGUGAUGUGUCAAGGUGGAGAGUGAAAAAGAUUUUGAAGAUUGAACAGAAGUUUGGAAAAAGGAAUCACACUACUUGUCUGCUGUGCUUAUUCAAAUCAUACAAACCAGAAUGUGUACCUGAGAAAGUUCCAGCUGUAAAUCUGCACACUGCAUUUAAGGCUGUUGGAAAAAUGAAUCCAUUUUUUCAACAAGCGCAGUUGAGGUUAAAUGCUGGGAGUAGUGAGGAGACAUGUGCUAAAAUGGUAAAAUGGAACAUUGACCAGGGAUUAAAGAAGACAAGGACAAAAACAAAAGUGGAUGCUGUCCCUCCUCUUGACUAUGUGUAUUUUGGAUCUAAACUGUACAGAGCGAAGGAAAAGCAUUCUAUAUUGGAAUUCAAAACCCUGAAGUCAUUGAGUGUCCAUCAGUUAAAUCUGGACAUUCCAUGCAAUUCAAUGAGCUUGUUGCAGAAUAUUGCAGGUAUCCAUGUCCUUGCAUUUGGAGACAGGAGCUUACAAAGUAGACUGUCCUUUAAUCUGUACUACACACUUUACAGAGCAUUUAUUGAAUUGGAUCAAGAUUUCUCAUACAGAGAGAGGGAGAAUGUUUUGAAACAAAUUGUGGAAUUGGAAGAAUAUAUGCAGCAGGGUAUCCCAGUAGUUUCUCGAUUUUUAGCCGAGUAUCUGCCCAGAUGGGAUGGUGAGGAUUUCCGAGAAAUGAUAUUCCACUUACUGCAAUGGAUCACUUUCAGCUCAUAUUUAGAGCUUCAUGACAUAAUCCUGGACCACAUCCGUAAUCUGUUUAUGACUUCUAGCAUUGAAGUGAAAUGUUCCAUUAUUGGCAUGCUUAACAAGUUUGUGGAGAACUUGAUCUGUAUAUGCUUGUUCCGAAAAGAAAAGGAAAUAUCUGGCUUGUUUCUGGAAAUCAGAGAUGAAUGGAGUGAACUUGAGACACUACAGAAUAUAAUUAAGUUUGUAACAGACCUCUGUGUGGCUGGACUGACUGUGGAACAGGGAAGUUACUUGCUUCUGCAUGAAGCUCUUAGGUUCUUUGAAAUGGCAACAUGCUUAGAAGAAGAAAAUAAACUCCCAAUAUGGACCAUGAUGCCCCCAGCUGUUGUGUAUAAUGGUCUGUUUUCAAGAAGUGCUUGCUUUCUUGCAAGAGUAUGUGAUUUGUUGCUGAAAUACGAUAUGGCUCAGUAUCCACGGCUUAGGGCAUUGGGUCUGAGAACAAAGUUCUUAAAAGAAGUGAAUCGUCAGCAGCUGUACAUAGCAGACUUCAUGAGCUCCCUCUGGAAUCAGAAUUGUUUUGAUGAAAAGGAAAGAGGCUACAUAUUUAAAGGUAUGCCUGAAUCUCAUGUACAGUCAUUUUUCUUCUACACUAUACCAAAUGAAGCACUGACUUUGAAGAAUCACUUUGCCCUGGUGCCCUAUGUGUUUCUGAUGCAAAAGGCUUGCUCUGCUCUUCAAGAUGCAGCAUUUGAUCAAGAUGAUCUGAUGAUAAUCUGCAGCAAUUAUUUCCCAGAGAUUUAUAAUUUAAUCAUCCAUGAAUCUGAGUGAGAUUAUUGGGUCGAUUAUCCACGAAAUCCAUCCAGGUCUGAGGUUUGUUGCAAAUUUUCUUAACAAGCUUAUUUUACGGUGAGGAGUUGUCAGCCCCAUGCCCAACCCCCAAGCUGGACAGCCACCCCUUGUCGGCUCCCCAAGACUGCUUAUUCAAUAUUAUAUAUACCUGGAGGGCAUCUCCUCCAUUCGCAACCUGAGGAUCUGAAAUGCCAUGGUGACAAGGAAGCCACCCCAACAUUAGAGACCUGUAUAGAGGAAUAA